AUGUGCUCCCGCAGAUCCUGCCACAGCCACGAGACCUCGUGCCAUGAGUCCCGCUCCUCCUGCCACGACUCGGGCGCCUCGUGCCACUACACCAUCCAGAGGCAGCCUGUGCAGAAGUUCAGCUACGUGACGCCCUGCUGCGCCCCGGUGCAGCCCUGCUACCCUUCAGUGCAGCCCUGCUACCCUCCAGUGCAGCGUUACUGCCCCCCCAUGCAGCCCUGCUGCCCCCCAGUGCAGCGUUACUGCCCCCCGGUCUGCCCCCAGGUCACCAAGAACAUCUGCAAGCUGCCAACAUCCUACCCCAAGUACUGA